CUAACUGUGCUUCCAGCUGACCGCACAGAGACCACACAGAGACCUCUGAAGCAUCAUGAAUGACAAUAUACAGGAUGAAGCGGUGCUGAAGCAGAUUGAGAAGGAGGUGAGAAUGCGGGAGGGGGCCAGUAAGCUGCUGGGAUAUUGUUCCAGGAGAGAGCAGGCCCUGGAGGCCUCCAAGAGCCUGCUCACCUGCAACUCCCGCAUUCUGGCCUUGCUCAGCCAACUGCAGAGGAUGAGGAAAGCGCAAAUCCUGCACAGAGUGGAACGCAGGCCCUCUGAAGAUGUGGUGCCAUGUUUGGGAAAAGUAGCGCUUUCAGAUCUAAGAAUCCCACUGAUGUGGAAAGACUCAGAGUACUUCAAAAACAAAGGAGAGCUCCAUCGCUGUGCCGUGUUCUGCCUGCUUCAGUGCGGCACAGAGAUCUACGACACCGACAUGGUCAUGGUCGACCGGACUUUAACCGACAUCUGUUUUGAAGACACUAUCGUAUUCAAGGAGGCAGGUCCGGGCUUCCAGCUCCGCUUCGAGCUCUACAGCAGCAGUGCGGUCGAGGACUUCUCCCCGGGGAUCCUCGCGCCCAGGAGAGGGAGCUACCUGGGUGGCUCUCUGGGAGGCUCCUCUGGGAAGAAGAUCAGAGCGGCGUUGGAGACGGCGGCAGUUUGCGGAUCGGUCUUAAGCGCUGGAUUCGCAGCACCUGGAAGUGUGUCACCACCUCUCUCCUCCAACAUGUCGAGACUGGGGCCAAAGUACAACCUGCUGGCUUACGCGACUCUGACAAUCGAUCACAUCAAGGAAGGUUUCAAAACACACGAUUUGUCAAUAGCAACAACAGAGGAUAGUCCCUUCUGGUUGCCUCUGUACGGCAACAUGUGCUGCCGCCUCAGGGCUCAGCCUCUCUGCAUGAUUCAGCCGGUGAUGAGCGGACCACUCAGGGUUAAGCUUGAAGAGGACUCUAAUUGCUGGGAAAAUGUCUACGGCGUCCUCAGGGGCCAAACUCUCUUCUGCUAUCAGAGCGAAGGAGACCUGCAGUCUGAGGACGAGCCAUUCCUCGUGAUCCCCGUCAGAAAGGAUACCCUUGUGUGUUUAUCAGAAACCGAUCCUGACCCGUGCCAGAGCAUAUUCAUCAGUACAGAGCAUGAGGGAGAGGAUGUCACCUACACACUGACCACGCACACACCUGAAGACACACAGCUCUGGACGGAGGCUCUCUGGAGGCACGUCUUCAACAUGAGCAAGUGGAAGCAGUGUUGUGAUCACCUCAUGAAGAUUGAGAUGCCCAGAUCCAGGAAAGCCACGACAGCGAGGCAGGGAUCGCUAUAUCAUGAAAUAGUCACGCCCUCCUCGCCCAGAGAGGGUCUACAGGUCCCAGAUUUAUCUGCUGAGAUCCGCACUUUGCUCUAUUCCUACUACAAGGAAAGUUAUUGAUGACCUGGCCACCGAUGCACUGAAGGAAUGGGGAAACAGGCCUUAUUCUAUGCAUUUGUGGUGACCACGCCUGGUCAAAGAAGCGGACGAGGAAAUGAUAAAUGGCACGAUAUCAUGAUCUGCAGAGGACUCAUCCAAACACACAUCUUUUUUCUUGUACCAAGGUGUUUAGGUUCUAUAAACAUCAGAAUCUCAAGUCCAUAUCUUGCAAAAAAAGUGAAAAACCAGCAUGCUACUCAUGAGUGUAAUAACAACACAUACUGUACAUGCACAGUUAAUUUGAGCUGCAUUUAAAGCUUGAUUAGGCCAUUCAUGGUCUGCGUCCCAGUACACAAGCAUUGGUAAGGGAAGUCGAUCUAUUGAUGGACAUAUAACGAACUCUGGGACAGUAGAUAUUCCGAGCUCUUUUCAGCUAGUUCUUGGACCUUCAUCCGGUUGACCUUGUUGACAAAUUAGCAAGUAGCAAUCUUGUUGUAUGUUGGACGGCCAAAGAUGGAUGACAGCUCUGUAAAUUCUCGCUCUAGCACUCGCCAAACUGAUAGCUUCGUCUUGUUUUCAUCCCAGUUUUCUUCCAUGCAUUUAUGUUGUCAAGGAACUGAGGAGCAUGCACAGACCACCUCGGUCAAUGUGGGGCCGAUUGAAGUGUAUAUACAUGCAAGAGAAAAUCGACUCCUAGUAUUAUUAUCAAGAUGUGUUAGUUUGACUUCAAGACGUUGUCUUUCCAACAAAACACACAUAACCUCGAGUCAUACCCAUGUGGGAGGGUCUCCUCUCUACCGCUCUACUACCACCGCCCAAGCCACACAGUCCAAGCCCCACUGCCUGGCCCCCAAGCCCUGGUUCGCUUUCCAUGCAACUCGUCAAAACCCAACAGAGAGAGCAAAGGAGCCUCUUGAGCUUCUGCGCUCCCUUGCAGGACAACACAAGGACUGGAUUUCAGGUGGACCAACAUGUCAGCUUUACUGACUGAGUUGUAUUAUUUCAAAAGUUGCCUUGAGCAGUUGUGUCACGUGUUGCUGUGUCUUGUGUGAAAAUAUUUUCUCAUACUGUAACCUCAACUUUUGAGGAGAAUGAAUUCUAAUUAAAAACAGCGUUGGACUUCCAGCUCUGCAGGAUAUUAUGAGCAACAUGCAGCACCGUUUCGUAAAAAGGCCUGAGGGCGUUUUCGGCAGAAAUAAAAGCCUGAUGCUUGCACUGAGAAGUGUUGAAAUGCUUUUGAUAAAGUGUUUCUCCAAACAAACCUGUUUCUCACAAACAUUUCUUUAAAGCUUUUUGAAGCCACAGA